AUGACUGAGCCCGACAACUUACGGGAGGACGUUCCCUUCCUGCCUCUCCUCGCUGGGCUCGCAGCCUGGCCCCUGUACCGUCUCGCGAUUGAUCGGAUUGUGAGAUGGUGGAGCCCAGAGUUCUACACAGAACUACGGAGCAACUACGAGAAGAAGUACUUGUUCUUCUUCGGAAUUCUACUCGGCCUCAUAGUCAAGCCCAUUCCCUUGAUCAGUUGUGGCCUGGCAGUAUGGAAGACGGCCCCGGAAGACGACAUUGCUGGGUUCCGCCGCCCGAUGAAUCCUUCUCAGCAAUUUUGCUGGGGGUCACGAACGGUCAUUUACAUUUCGGAGAUGCCUCACUACUUACACAUUCCGGAGAUGCUCCUUCACCACCUCUUAGUUCUUCUCGGCAUGAGCAUGGUUGCGAAAUUUCAUAUCUGCAGAAGAGGCCUUGACUUGUCCUUGGCGGCUCUGUGGUCUGAAAUUAUCUACAGCCUUCGCAAUGUGCUCAAGUGGACUGGCCACCUUCAGACGCGACCAAACUUGGACUGGGGUCUCACCUUUUACGGAACCAUCUUCCUCUUCGUCACCAGAGCACCUACUACCAUCAUGGCUUUAGCUAUGAUCCCUGCCAGUGGCCUCCAGGCUGGAUCAGCACUUGUUAUCGCCAGUGCUUAUUUGUUCCAUCUGGUGUACAUCAUACGGAUCACUUUCAUCCGUCUGAAGAAAUCAGGCGUAUUGCAAGUCGAGGAUUCCGGUGUGUUCAGAGUCCAGAUGGGAGCUCGUCUCAACAUCACUUCCGCUACCUUGCUCACUGGCGCGGCAUUCAUGGGCACCCAAGUCUCUGUCGUCCUUCUCUACUCCUGGAAAAAUACGACAUUGAAGCCUGUUACCACAACGGAACUUACCAACCUGAUGUGGAACUCGCUGUUGGCAGGCACUAUCGGCCUCGCUGGAUCAAGACUCAUUGCAGCGUUUCUGCGGGUCUUCAUUCGUUGGCAUUGGAUGUCUUUACUUUACACGCAGUGCGACCUCGCGAUCACCGCCUUGGUGCUGUUCUUGUCUCCAACGAUUGAGGGGUCUAUCGACAAAUCUACUCUGCUCUCCUGUUUACUCCUCAGCUCUUCGCUCACCAAGGCUGUUUCUCAAUACGCCUGUCAUCUAUCCCAUCUUCAGGCUAAGCCACAGGUAUCCUCCAAGGGGCGCCUCACGUCUCAAGCGGAGCUGAAUUCCAGCAUAAUCAACCUUUGUCAAUACUUCGUUUUUGUCUUGGCUGUUGGUACUGGACUCUCAUCGGUGGCUGGCGCUGCGUUCAAGACUUUCGUGGUACAAUUGGUGGUCGAAGCAGCCGCUGACCCUACCAUGUCAAAAACUAGCACCGGUAUCAGCAUGGGCUCGCUCGCUGUGCUCAUGACUGUUUGGCGGUUCAACUUGACUGCGACGACCAAGUCCGCAUAUUCUUUUGAUUUCAACGACAACUACACCAUUGACUCACCCCCGGUCACUCACGGAUCGCCUCCACUGCCAUACUGGCUCAAGUUCCUGCUGCAGGACACCCUCGUGGUUGGAGGCCUCUACGUGAUGUUCUCUUCCACCACAAUUCGUUACUUCAGCAGUCUCUCACGGAGGAAAUCAGGAAUACCGGGUCUGCCGAGGCUGAGAACUGUGGGUCUCCUGACUGUUUUUGGAUGGGUCAGUUACAUCGUAUACCUUGUCUCGACAGGACAGACCCCAGAGAUACACAACAAAAAUCUCACCGCCGCUGAGAUAUUGGCUAGAGAGCCGCAAUUUUGCAGUCUCUUGCUCUCCUGGCAAUUUUGGGCUUCAAUCACGGCCUCAGCCAUCGUACCAACCGCGAUUGCACACCUGUGGAGAUCAAGAGCCGUCGGUCAAGAACAUAUCCCUGGCGAGGCAAUUGUGCAAUCAAAGACAAAAGAAGGCUGA